AUGGCGCCUGAUCCUCAAAUCAUUAUAGUAGGGGCAGGGAUAGCUGGCCUCUGUUUGGCCAUCAUGUUAGAGCGAGCAGGGAUGAGCCGAUACAUCGUCUUAGAGAAGGCCUCACAUAUUCGACCUUUGGGAAGCGCAGUUUGCUUAAGUGCAGUGAUGCUUCGGUGUUUUGAACAGUUGGGUCUCUUACCUGAGAUCAUUGAGAUCUCGAAGCCUUGUGUUGGAAACGUCUUUUUGGAUGGAGAUUUGAAUUUUAUUGGUAACUUGUCGUCUAUUUUUAUUGGACAACGGUAUGGAUACUUUAACAUCAUGGUCCCUCGGCCUGAUCUCUACACGGUCCUUUAUCGGCAUGUGCCGCGCCACAAGGUGCUGUUUGGAAAGAAAGUAUUACAGCUUUCCCAGACAGACGUAUCAGCCCAUGUUCAAUGUUCCGACAAUUCAGUUCUCCAUGCUGAUAUCGUCAUUGGAGCGGAUGGAGCCUAUUCUGGCGUGCGGCAGGCGCUCUACAAGUCUAUGCUCAGUUCUAACGCUCGCCUUCAACGUCGCCAUCGCCGCCAUUAUGAUCACCAUCACCAUGGCGUCUUUAAUGCAAUUAAGAACAUUGCCCAAGAAGGGACUCAAAAAGAAGAAGGGAGAGUAGGUGGGGGAGGACUAGAUGGCAAUGAGAUUAUUGCGUCACGCUCAAGAAUGAAUGGUUGCCAAGUAUCAGAAUCAGACUUGGCACCACUACGGUUUGAUCAGCAUGCAGUCGUAGGAAUCACUAAACCUUUGGAUCCAGAAAGGUACCCCUUUUUGAAGGAUAAGAGCUGUCAGGUUGUUACCGUCAUGGCCAAAAACGGGUUCUCAGCGUGGUUGUUCCCAAUGACACGUAACCGUAUCUGCUGGGGCCUCGCGUCUCGUACUUUCGAGACGGCUUCAGAACAAAAGCAGGCUUCUAAAGGGCUCGCUGCCAACUUUAAGAUCUCGGAAUGGGGGCCAGAGGCUGUCGAUCAGAUCCUGCAACUGGACUAUGUCAAGAAUCAAAAAUCGCCCUAUGGAGGAACUCUUCAAGAUCUGUUUGACCAAACUGAGAAGGGGACACCUGUAAGAAUCAUGUUUGAAGAUAAGGCAUUCAAGACGUGGUAUUACAAGAGAACAGUGCUGAUCGGUGAUGCUUGCCACAAAUUAAUCCCAUUCUCCGGAGUGGGAGCAUUACAGGCCAUCCUGGAUUGUAUUAUUUUAGCGAACGCAUUGUAUGACAUGCCAGAUGGGAAUAGUUUCACAUCCGCAGACAUCACUCGGGCGUUCCAGGUUUAUUAUGCUCAGCGAUCCAGAGCUGCAGAAGCUGCAGUCAAAGCCUCAACCCAAGUCUCUGAUUUCAUUAGUAAUACAAGCUGGCUCAGUCGGAUGGCUCGAAAUGCAACCUUGGCGAACAUGCCGGAUUUUGUCCUGACCCUUGUGGGUGAUCGAGUCUUUGCAAGUCGGCCGAUCCUGAGCUAUUUACCAUUUGUACCUGAUUAUGGGGCCCGUAAGAGUAACCCACAGCCCUUGGGCAGGAGAGAUCGGGAGGAAUUGGAGUCGCUGAGGCUACGGGAACGUAAGAUGAAGGAAGAGGCAGCGAGAGCGUUGAAGGAGGAGAAACGUAAGGUGAAGAAAAAUGCGAGGACAGCUAUUAUAAAAACAGCAGCGAUAUCAGCAUCAACACCAACGCCAACAGCAGCAACAGCGCCAGCAAGCACAGAGGAGUCUUUGAAGAAAAAUGCUGUCCGUAUCCCAAGGGCCGCAACUUCAUCCUCGUUUGUUAGUCAGCCGAACAUGUCCUUGUCGCUGCAAUACCAAAAUUCCAUGGGCAAGGUUUCACCUGAUCAUUCAUUGUCCAGCACAUCUACAUACUCUUCUAUCUCGGCGGAUCGGCUCUCCGAGCUUUCUUUUGAAGGAAGAACACCAGCAGUGGCUCUUUGUAGGAAUAACUAUAGUGUAGAAACGGACGCUGGCAUUGGCGUUGGUGGUAGUGGUUCCAUUAGUACUAACAAUACUAAUGGUGCUAGCCAUCAAGGAGCUAUAGGCACCAAGUCUAGCUUGAAAAACAAUGGCAGUUGUGCUUACGUCGCUGAUGAUGACACUGUUUCAAUAAGUGACUCUGCCUCCAUUUUUUCUUUUUCAAGUCGAUACACAUUGCCGUAUAGCGCAGAUGACCUUGAGCGCGAGGCUCACGUCUAUUGUUAUGGGCGCAAGGCCGUUGGCCAACGCAGAAGCAAAGACAAAAUGGCCCAUCCUCGCUCUCGAUCUCAUCCUCAUCCCCAUGAUGAUGACAAUGGUCACCACGUUCGUCAGGAUUCCAUGGGAUCUACAAUAUCUAGCCUAUGGUACCGGUAUGCUCAAUUCGGUCGACCUUCUACAACCGAAACAAAAACAACGACAAUAACGCCUAUAGACGUGCCAGCAUCUACAUCAGUAAUAGCAUUGACGGCUGAUGGUAAUUGUGGCCAUCGUUCCGACUACCAUCGCCAUACUGAUGCCCCUUUUAUGGCAUCCGCAGGAAGUUGA